GCUCCCCUUCCCCCUCCCCCACCACCUCACCUUCCUCCUCAACUACCACUUCAUUUUUCUUCUUCUCUUGUCUCUCUGUCUACACAAACAGACACCAACACAAGAGUUUGCAAGAGGCCAUCCAUCAUCAUAUUAGUUGACUGCAUACAUCCCAUUCCCAAGCUAGCUAGCCAGACAAAACAAGAGAGAUAGCUUGCUAGCAUGUUCAUGGCGCAGGAAGAGGCCGGACUGGCCCUGGGCCUCUCCCUCGGCCUCGGCGCCGGGCACCACCACCACCACCUGCUUCAGCAGAAAGAAGCGGCGCCUCUGGAGCCGUGCCUGUCCCUGAGCCUGGCCGGCGCCGGCGCGGUGAAGAGAGAGGAGGAGGAGGAUGAGGAGAGGGCCCUGAUCUACUGCUCGUCGGCGGCGGACGACCACAUCGAGGGGUACAACAGCAGCAGCGGCGGCAGCCGGAAGAAGCUGAGGCUCACCAAGGAGCAGACGGCGCUCCUGGAGGGUCACUUCAAGGAGCAGAGCACCCUCAGCCAUAAGCAGAAGGCGUCUUUGGCAAGGCAGCUCAGCCUCAGGCCAAGGCAGGUUGAGGUUUGGUUCCAGAACAGAAGAGCCAGGACCAAGCUGAAGCAAACCGAGGUGGACUGCGAGCUGCUCAAGCGCUGCUGCGAGACGCUCACGGAGGAGAACCGCCGCCUCCACCGCGAGCUCCAGCACCUCCGCGCCCUGCACCACCACCAACACCACCACCACCACCCAGCCGCUGCUUUCUUCAUCCCGUCCGCCGCCACGGUGGCCUCCGUUUGCCCUUCCUGCCCCGGUGCACCGCCUGCCCACGCCGCCGAUCGCCCCGCCACCAAACGCAGCUUCUUUGCCACCAAAUCUGCAGCCUGCUAGCUAUAACUCCACGCACACAUAAUACACACCCAUAAUUUGAGCUAAUCAUCAUUGGCUCAUCACCACAUCGAUUAACUACUGUAUAUAGAUAUUAAUUUCAUCCCAUCCCAUCCACUUCAUCUGGUUAGCUUCGUUUUUUUUCCAAGUUAAUCAAAGGAGGAUGGAUGGAGUAGCGUGCAUUUUCUUUUACAUUUCUUUAGAAAAUGGAAGCUCUUUUAUCCCGGGCCUCUCCACCAAAGAUGCAUACACAUGCAUGCAUUUAGGAAAAUGGUUUAAUUAAUUAUGGUGUAUAAGUUGUUGGUGUGUUGUGUAGAUAGCAAACCUAGGUUUGGUUAUUUCUGAUCGUCACUGGUGAAUUUUAUUACCAGGAGACAAUCAUGAUGUCGAUGACGUGACACGGUGUCACCUUAUACAUCCUGGUUUGUUCGGAUGUAUAAUAGAUUGUAUGCAUUCUUAAUCAUCAUAUGGUGUAAUAUCAAUUUUUUUCUGAUGAUGUACAUGUAUGUAUUGACUUAUUUAAGAAAUGAUAAUUUAUGCGUGCUCGAGACAUGAACU